GUCCGUCCGUCCGACCCGCCGCCAUGAGCGUCCCGACCUGGUCCGUCGCGGUCAUCCUCCUGCUGCAGCUCCCACGGAGCUCGUGGGAGGAGAGCGCGGGUGAUGACUUCCGGGUCAGCAUCAUCUGUUUCAACCUGGACACCAUGGAGGUCACGUGGGAUCCCGCCUACCAUGUGGGGGCCAACCUGAGCUUAGCCUUCCGUUACAACCUGGAUCCCCUGCGGCACUGCCCCCGGUACGUCCUGUCUGCGGGAAUCACUUCCGGGUGCGUGUUCCCCGCCCGCCGAGCACGACUGGAGGUCCACAUCCGGAAGGGAGAGGUGCUGGUCUACACCCAGAAGCGACUGGCCACAGCCUUCUUGAAGCCCCGGCCCCCAGGGAACAUGACCUUCCAUUGGCGGGAGGACUCCGUCCAGGUCACGUGUCCCAACCUCCCCUACGGCGGCCUGUUCUACGAGGUCCAGCACCGAGGAGCCGGAGACCCCGCCUGGGAGACCUCGUCCACCAAGAACACAUGUAACGUCACAGUGGCCGGAGUCGACCUCCGGCACUGCUACGACUUCCGGGCCCGGGUCACCACGGAGGAAUCCACGUACGGCCAUGAGACGCACCCCAGCGACUGGACCCCCGUGACGCACUGGAGAGCCGCGGGGCGCGCAGAGUCCUGCCAGGAGCCGCCUGCCCCGGCUUUCCCGAAGCUCCUGGCUGCGUGCAGCGUCCUGACCCUGCUGACGUCGCUGCUGCUGCUGCUGUCCCUGUGGAGGCUGCGGAGGGUCAAGAACGUGCUGAUGCCGUGUGUGCCCGACCCCAAGGGCAGCUUCCCCGGGCUGUUUGAGAAGCACGGCGGGGACUUCCAGGAGUGGAUCAAUGACACACAGCAUGUGACCCUGAUGGCCAAGCCAGAAGUCUGUGACCCCACAGAGGAGGCACUGGUCCUGGAGCAUCACGGGAAGGGGGAGGAGCCUGAAUGGGACAAGGAUGCUGGGAUUCCUGGCCUUCCACGGGAGGGCUUGAGGGGCGGAGACCUGGUGUCUGUGGGCGGGGUCACUUUCAUGAUGGACAGCGAUGCCUAUAUGACCUUGUGACCCUGGCGUGACCUUGGGCACUGUGAUAGUGUCACAGCCAAGGUGAGUGUCCAUGGUGUCAGUCAUCCAUCAUUUCCCGCCCACACCCCCUGUCAAUCAUCAGGAUGUGCCCACAGCCCUCCUGUCAAUCAUUCCUCAGGACAUGCCCACAACCCCUGUCAAUCAUCACUCAGGACAUGCCCACACCCCCUGUCAAUCAUCCCUCAGGACAUGCCCACUGCCCUCCUGUCAUUCAUCCCUAAGGACAUGCCCACACCCCCUGUCAAUCAUCCCUAAGGACAUGCCCACACCCCCUGUCAAUCAUCCCUCAGGACAUGCCCACACCCCCUGUCAAUCAUCCCUAAGGACAUGCCCACACCCCCUGUCAAUCAUCCCUCAGGACAUGCCCACUGCCCUCCUGUCGAUCAUCCCUCAGGACAUGCCCACUGCCCUCCUGUCAAUCAUCACUCAGGACAUGCCCAUUGCCCUCCUGUCAAUCAUCCCUCAGGAGGUGCCCAAAGCCUGUCUGUCAAUCAUCUGGCAGGACAAUCCUACAGCCCUCUUAUCAAUCAUCCCUUAAGAUACACCAACAACCCUCCUAUUGGCCCACCCACAAUGUUCCCGCCCCACCAAUCAAUAUUUGGGACUGUGAGGAGACCAGAGUUCCAGUCCUCCUGAACAUGGCAGGUUCAUGGCUGGGGUGACAACACUCAGGGGCAAAAAAAAAAAGCCUCUGACCCAUGCCCAGUAGGGAGCAGACCAAACUGAGAACAGGAUUCAGGAGACAACAAAGGUGUGAUCACAUGACCCUCCAGGACUUCAAAGGGCCACAGUAGGGCUCCUUAGGAGUAUUCCAAACUCUACACCACAUACUGGAGUAUUCAACAUGCAGCACCGACCUCUGGAGUACUCAGCAUCAAGCACUAGGAACACAUCCGUAGCAGCAGUUUAAUAAAAUCCAUGGGCCCCUAAAGAGUACUCAGAAUUCAGCAACAUAACCUGGACUGUAGAGACACAGGAUCAUUUCUCUCCUUUACCGGAAUCCAGAACUACCGUUAAAGUAAUCAGCAUUCAGAAAUAUGCUCAGGAGUAUUCAGAAUCAAGCAUUAUGUAUCCUCAGGAGUCAAUAAUCUAGAUGAGACCUAUGAAAUUUCACACAUUUUAAAAUAUUUAAAACACACCUACAAAUAUAUGAGUACAGAUGCUCCAAAGACUCACUUACUGUACUUCCGUAGGGUCCCUUUCCAUACUGAAAAAUCAAAGUCAGAUGAUACAAGUGUCACUCAAUCAACAA